UCAGCUUCCACUUCCUGUCUGAUCCUGGGCUCUGCAGGGAUUUGUGUCUGCAAUGGCUGAUGAUCAAGAGAGAGACUUGCAGAGAUUUCUGGAAAAUGUGGAUGAAAUCACCACUUUAAUCCAAGAGAUGAAUUCUGACGAUCCCACCAUACAGCAGAAGGCUGUCCUAGAGACGGAAAAGAGAAUCCUGCUGAUGGAGAGAGAUCAAGAGGAGGAAGGAUGCAGGACAACCUUGAACAAGACCAUGAUCAGUCCCCCCAAAGCCCCAGAGAAUGCAGAUGAAAUGAAUCCAGAGGCCUUCUUGGCGUUCGUGGAGAAGGAUGCAAAGGAACGAGCCAAGAGAAGGCAAGAAAGCAAAGCCCAAGCAGAUGCCCUAAAGGAAAAGGGGAAUGAGGCCUUUGCCAAGGGUGACUAUGAAGCAGCCAUCCUCCACUACAGCGAGGGUUUGGGGAAGCUGAAGAACAUGAAAGUGCUGUACACCAACCGAGCCCAGGCUUAUAUAAAACUUGGAGACUAUCAGAAGGCCCUCGAGGACUGUGACUGGGCUCUGAGGUGUGAUGAAAAAUGUACAAAAGCCUAUUUCCACAUGGGAAAAGCCCACUUGGCCCUGAAGAACUACAGCAAGUCCAGAGAAUGUUAUCAGAAGAUGGGAGAGAUAGACCCCAAGCUGCAGACACAGGUGAAAGAAUAUUUAAGUCAAGUAACGCUUCAAGAAAAGGCCGAUCGUCAAGAGACAGAAGCUCGAGAAUCCCUGAAGUCAAGAAAGAACACAGCGAUGACAACGAGAAAUCUCCUGGAAACCCUAUCCAAGCCUGGCCAGACAGAGUUGUUCUAUGCAGGAGGCAUUGAGAUCCUGACAGAAAUGAUGGCGGACAGCACAGAGCGAACACUAUUCAGAACGUAUAAUGGAUUCAGCACCAUCAGUGACCAUGAGGUCAUUAAAAGGUGCCUCUUCUCAGAAGGGAAAGAUGCAGUUGAGGAGGUUGUCUGCGUGGCCGUUUUAAAGCUCUGGCAAGCAGUGUGCGACGACAAUGAGGAAAACCAGCGCCUGCUUGUGACCCACCCCGAUAUGGCCAAGCUGCUCCCUUCCUUCAUGACCUCCAAAAUCCUGAUCAUUCAACAGCAGAGCCUGGCCCUACUGCUGCAGCUCACCCAAACGGAGAAUGGCCGGAAACACGUCAUCAAGCACCUUGACCUGACCCGACUGUAUGAAGCAUUGCUGUCAUUUCUUGAUUUCUCAGACAGGAAGUCCAAUACAGCCAUUGGAAUACUCACAGAUUUGUCUCUGGAAGAAAGAUUCCAAGUCUGGUUCCGGGCCAACCUUCCGAGUGUCCUCCCUGCACUCACAGGUGUUCUGAAACGAGAGCCCAGUUUAACCAGCCCCUCGGCCCUCUGCCAGUGCAUUGCCCUGAUGGGAAACAUCAGUGCUGAGUCUACAGCCAGAAGGCACCUGUUGGGCUGUGAAGAAUUUGGGGAUGCCUGUUUGGACCUCCUGGUCAAGUGUGAGGAGGACAUGGACCUGUUCAGAGAGGUCAUGUAUUCCCUCCUAGGACUCAUCAUGAACCUGUGUCUUGAGGGCCCCUUCCUCUCUAAGGCAUGGACUGUGGAGAUGAGCCGAAAGUGCCUGUCUCUACUGAACAGCCAGGAUGGAGGGAUCCUAACAAGAGCUGCAGGUGUUCUGAGCCGGACCCUGUCUACCUCUGUAACCAUCGUGGAGGAGGCCGUGACAGCAGGGGUUGUGAAGAAAAUGAUUAAAUUCCUGAGGAUGGGAGGCCAGACAGCAUCGCGUUAUGCCAUAAAGAUACUGGCUAUCUGCACAAACAGCUAUCAUCCAGCUCGAGAAGAAUUAAUGAGACUUGAUAAAAUGUUCAACACUUUGAUAAAGCUGCUUGACUCGGAGGAUGAAAUUGUGGUGGGCAACACUGCCCUCUGCCUUGGCAACUGCAUGGAGGUGCCCAGUGCCGCCUCCUCCCUGCUGAAGACGGACAUCGUGAAAUUGCUGUUGAAGCUGGCAGGCAGCGAUUCACAGGAGGCACCCGUGCAGCUGAACGCAGGCAUCGCUCUGGGGAAGCUGUGCACGGCUGAGCCCAGGUUUGCUGUCCAACUGCAAGCGCUUCACGGGAUAGAAAUUCUCAACUCUACAGUGAAACACUUGAAUGACUCUUGAGAGACGCGGUGUCCAUGUGCACAUAACUGUGUGCCGGGGGUCACUGCUCUGCCAAUAAAGGCUUUUAA